UAGUAAUCGCGACUAGAUCCUUCUUUCUCCCCCACAAACCCUUGUGUGCUUAUAUAUUUAAGCUUCUUCAUUUCCCCCAAAGUACUUCUCUCUCUCUCUCUCCGCCUUCGUUUUUAUCUAUGUCUUGAAAAGUGACAACUUUUAGGGAUUUCACAAGUCUGAAAACUACACCGAUACAACCUGCUGGGAAAAUUUGGUGAGGAGUGAUUGCGGGAAUGGCAUCGGGUGGUUUCGAGGAUGAGGAGGCUGAGGGAACUGUAACGAUCAAUGAAUUUAUCGAACAAAUGGAUGCUGAAGAGCUGGCAGCGGAUUUGGUGUUGGGUGGAGAUGAGGGUGAUGAGUGUACUUACCCCAAGGGUUACAUGAAAAGGCAAGCAAUUUUCUCAUGCAUUACAUGUACACCAGAUGGGAAUGCUGGAAUCUGCACUGCUUGUUGCUUAUCUUGUCAUGAUGGCCAUGAGCUUUUGGAACUGUGGACUAAGAGGAAUUUUCGAUGUGAUUGUGGGAACUCCAAGUUUGGAACUUUAGCGUGUAAGCUUCUCCCUAGCAAAGAUGUAGAAAACUCUGAGAAUUCUUACAACCAUAAUUUCAAAGGCUUGUACUGCACUUGCGACCUACCUUACCCUGACCCAAAUGUGGAAGAACAAGUGGAGAUGAUACAGUGCUGUCUCUGUGAGGAUUGGUUUCACGAGGAGCAUCUCGGUUUCAAGCCUUCGGACAGUGUUGGUAGCCAGAUUCCAAGAGAUGAAGAAGGCGAGCCGAUCUAUGAGGACUUCAUUUGUCAAAACUGCUCCCCAGUUUGUUCGUUUCUGACACUUUAUCCUAAGAAAUUGUGGGUUGCUGGUCAAGUAGAUUCCACUGGCUGUGCUAAUGCUUGUUCAGAGACAAUUGAGUCAAACAAAACCAACAUGGAUGCGGAAGCCGGCCAGCUAGAGAACGGUACUGAAGCAGAGAAAUCUGUUAUGCGGAAAUGUUCUGAGAAGAUCAGUGAAUCUGAACCUGGCCAUCUUGACAACUGUUCUGAAGCAGAGAAAUCUGUUGUGCGAAAAUGUUCUGAGAAGAUGAAUGACUCUGAACCCGGCCAGCCUGAGACCAGUACUACUGAAGCCGAGAAAUCUGUUGUGCAAAACGGUUCUGACAAGAUCAACGCCACUGAACCCGUUGCUGCGGCUGGUUGUGCUAUUGGGACGAAUCUAAACUCGUGUCCUGAUUUUGAGAAGAAACCUUUGUUUUUGUCCAAAAACUGGAGGAACAUCCUAUGCAGAUGCGAAAAGUGCGUUGAGAUGUAUAACGAGAGAAAGGUAAGCUAUUUACUUGAUGCAGAGGAUACAAUUGUUGAGUACGAGAAGAAGGCGAAGGAGAAAAGAACAGAGAAACUGGAGAAACAAGAAGGUGAAGCACUUGAUCUUUUGAAUAAUCUCGACCACGUAGCCAAAGUUGAAAUCCUUCACGGUAUCAAAGACUUCAAAGAUGAAUUGAAGGGUUUACUGGAGUCUGGUAGUGGUGGGCCGUCAAAGGCGAUAACAGCUGCAGAUAUCGAGCAAAUGUUUUCAAAUCUGAAAAACAAACGCAAAAGGAUGGAGUGAGAGGAGUUAAGGUAGUAAAACUCUUUCUCCAUCUCAUGGUAACUUUCUUUAGAUAUGUUGUUUCGUUAGUUUGAAAUGGGGAGUGAGGAGGUUCCUCGUUCUUCUGCUCUGGUCUAUCUUUAUUUUCUAAGUUAUGCAAAAAACUUUUUUUUACUUUUAUUGUAUGAAGUUUGUAGCUUGAGUGUAACAGUCGACUAUUAUAUAUAAGCUAAUAGUUCUUCUAGAACUACUAUUUACUUCAA